CUUUUUGCCAGAGGAUUUGGUUCCGUCGCCAGCGGACGACGCUAAUGGAUGGUCGCUGAUCCGUUCUUUCAGGAAGCGUGCUAGGACCACGAGCGACUUGAGCUAAAGGGCGCCGGGAUAGAAGUCAACGCCGGCGGCGAGCCGCGCGCAGAUCCGAAGGCAGGGCAGGGGCCACGCGCGUUGCGCGCAGGCGAACAGCGGCGCUGAUGGGGUCGUUCAAGGGGCACCUUCUGCCGGGAACGCUGUUCCUGGCCGUGGGCGCCUGGAACGUGUGGGCGGCCGUGGCGCGCUUCGCUUUCGACCCGGCCGGGUUCCGCCUCCUCGUCUGGAACCCCGUGGGCGGCGGCGGCGGCGGGGCGCUGCGGCACCUCGAGCUCUACGUGAUCGCCGGAGGCGCCUUCCUGGAUAUGUGCGUGGAGGUGCUCUACUCUACUCAUCUCCACAUAUUUGCACCCGGCGGCGGAGUCAACCCGACACACCUCAACGACCUCGAGCAUGGCGGCAUGCUGCUCAUGUUCUUCCUCUUCGGUGCCCUCGCUCUCCUCUCUGAAAAGACGAGGUACCUGCCCCUAACGGAGGGCGCGUUGUGUCUGGUGCUGGCAACGGCCUUCACUGCAGAGCUGCUGCUCUUCUACUUCCACUCAACCACCCACCAGGGGCUGGAGGGAUAUUACCACUACCUCCUGGUUCUGCUGAUUGGACUCUGCGUCGCCUCCACCGUCCUCGGUGCGCUCCUCCCGGCGAGCUUCCCUGCUGACCUUGCUAGUGGCGUGCUGAUGACCCUGCAGGGCAUGUGGUUCUACCAGAUGGCGUUCACGCUCUAUGGGCCGAUGCGCCCCGCGGGGUGCCACCACGAUGCUGGCAGGAACAUCGAGUGCCAUGGGCAAGCGGCCGGGGAGCGCGCGGAGCAGCUCGCCAACUUCCAGCUCUUCGCGUGCGUCUUCCUUGUGUUCGCCUACACCCUAGGCUGCUACGCCGUCGCCGCGGCCAAGUACGGCCACCCAGACCUCAGGACGAAGCACUCCGUCGAGAUGGAGCACCGAGAAAAUAGCGCCGAUAGGGGUGGAUUGGUUGGCAUAUGACACCUUUUUAUCAAGAUUUGGUUCCAACCAACGUGUGCCACGUGGUUUUAUUUUUGUUGACAAAAAGGUAGGGUGCUCCUGCGAUUUUAUAAAGAAGAAUGGAGUUGAUCCGAUUUAUAUGGAAAACGAGGCUAACAGCAUCUAUAACCGGAUUUGGCAAAUUCAA